ACAAGCCAUCAGUGAGCUAGUAGGCAGUAACCUGUCUUGCUAAUCGCUGGCAGCUAGGCGGCCAGCGAUCUCACGCCAUGAGAUGGAUAGUAGCUCUGUUCCUUCUCACCCUCCUCCUCACCGUUCACAUAGUCCAAGCCGAUGACGACAAGUCGUCUGGGGACAAGGGGCAUGGUUCUGAUUCCAAGGAUGGCAGUGAUCACAACUCACAGAGAGAUAAGGGAGGUGAUGGAGAGCAAGGCACUGACAAAGGUGACGGCAGUAAUGGGGUUGGGCCAGUGAAGAACCCACAUUGCCAAAAGCCAGGGAAAGGUCCAGACCCACAUGGUGAUGGUCACGGGCAUCCAAAGAAAGAUGACUGUGGUCAUGACCAAGAGUCACCAUCACCGUCUAAUGACUCAUCAGGGCCUCCCUCCUCCUCAGGUACACCUCCACAAUCUUCAAGUCCCCAAGAAACACCUCCACAACAAUAUCCUCCACCACCAAAGUCCAGCCCUCCUGUGACGCCUCCAAGCAACAGUUUCCCUCCACCGCCUUCAAGUACCCCAACCACAGCCCCGAUAUAUCCGCCAAAUAACCAACCACCCUCGUCGCCCUCCAGCCCUCCAACCAUGCCUCCACACAAAUCUCCUCCACCACAACAAUCUAGUCCUCCAGCCAAGCCUCCAACUAACAAUUCGCCUCCACCACCAUCAAGUCCACCGAUUGCACCACCAACUUAUAGUCAACCACCUUCAUUGAUACCUAGUCCACCUCCACACCAAGCCACACCACCACAACAAUCUAGUUCCCCUCCACCACCUUCAAGUACCCCAACCACACCUCCAACAUAUCCACCAAAUCACCAACCAACCCCGUCGCCCUCUAGCCCUCCUACCAUGCCACCACAAUCUAGUCCUCCAACCAACAAUUUGCCACCACCACCGUCGAGUCCACCCAUUGCACCUCCAACCUAUAGUCAACCACCUCCAUUGCAUUCUAGUCCACCUCCACAUCAAGCUACACCACCACAACCAUCUAGUUCCCUGCCACCACCUUCAAGUACCCCAACCACACCUCCACCAAAUAACCAGCCACCACUCUCGCCCUCUAUCCCUCCUACCAUGCCUCCGUACAAAUCUCCCGUGCCACCACUAUCUAGUCCUCCAACCAACAAUUUGCCUCCACCAUCACCCGGCUUCUUCUUCACCCUUCCUUCUCCGGUAGAUUGA